CAUAAUGUAGGGAUGUAAAAUAAUGGCUAAUGUUCGUCUUAAUUGUGUUAUUAUUUUAGUAUCCUUCAUACUUUAUUACGUUACAGCUCUAGAAGUAUGUGAAGAUCAUUAUGUUAGUUGUCCACCCACAAGCUGUGGUGGUUAUCCCCUCGAGGCUUUGUACAGAACAAACUGUAUGAAAACUUGUGGGGUCUGUACUGAUGUGAAUCGAGCAUUAGGUAAACCAACAGUCCAGAGUUCACCACCAGGUAGUAGUAAUUCUAACAGAGCUGUAGACGGGGAUAUAAACAGUGACUAUAAUGGCAAUAGUUGUACAUUAAUAAAUGGUACCGGACAAACUCCUGAUUGGUGGUGUGUUGAUUUACAGAAUGUAUAUGACAUUGAUAGUGUAAAGAUAUAUAACACUAAUAAUCUUCAAAGGCGACUUCAGGGUUUCCAGAUGAAACUAGGAUUAUAUGGCGUAUGUGAUUCUCGAGGCUUUGGAUCAGCCACCACGUGUUACACUGAAGCUGGUCAGUCUAGUAAAGAUAUUUACACUAUAACGGAUUGUAAUCAUGCUUCACCUAUACCUCUAGUAGGAAGAUUUAUAUAUGUCAGCAUCAGUGAUGAAAUCAAGAACUCUGUACUCUCACUCUGUGAGGUCCGUGUUACAACAGGUACCAAAUGUAGCGCAGGUUACUACACAUAUAACACAACUUCCUGUUUACCAUGCGAUACCUGUAAAGAGAACUCGUGUAAUCCUGAUAGUGGGGUAUGUGGAGAUGGCUGUCUGGUUGGUUAUACCGGAAGCAUGUGUCAGACAUGUGAGGAUGGACUAUUUGGUCCAGUCUGUCGAUAUGCUUGUAACGUGGAGGCAUGUAGGGGUAACUGUGAUAGGGAAACUGGCGCAUGUCACGAAUGUAAACCAGGUUACCAUGGCACCAACUGUGAAUUGGAAUGUAACAAGGAAUGUGUCCAUGGAAGAUGUCUGAAAGCUGAUGGAACUUGUUUUACUAAUGUAGUAACCGAAACGAAAGAUGAGAAUCAUGUUGAUGAAGGAAUGGAUCGAUCUGUUGUAGGUGUUAUAGGAGUUAUUAGUGGAAUAAUAAUCACCUGUCUUCUAAUACUCGUACAUUUUAUUAUAAUAAAAAGACACAAAUUCUACAAGGUAAAUGACAGACCUCCAUCUUUUAGAGCUCCGUCUAUUCCUCCAGAAACUCCAAAACGUCACGAUUCGCUUCAACCUGUUUACACCGUGUCAUCCCAUAUGCGCUAUGUAGAUCUUGAUGACACUGAUAAUCAGUUUGAUUCCAUGUCUGAUGUGGGCGGUACACGAUCUUUACCGACCAGCAUGAUCGAGAGAUCAGCUUCGGAAACACGACCUGUACAGAAAAGGAUGAUGGAGAGACCACCCUUGGAAACACCAGACGAGUUGAUCAAGAAGAAACGAUUGGAGUCUCAGUGUAGUCAAAUAUCAGAGUGUAGCAUUCACGUGGAAUACAAGAAUGAAUCGUUUAAGUCGGAUGGAGACAUUACGUGUGAUUACGAAAUGGUCAAGAAUGUAAAAGAGCCAGAGCAUGUUUAUGACAGUAAAUAAAUAUAUGACCCAUUUUUUAUAUUUUUU